AUGCUUUACCUUGUCGGCCUGGGUCUUGGCGACGAGACUGAUAUUACUGUCAAGGGUCUGGACGUUGUCAAGAAAGCCGACCGUGUCUACCUCGAAGCCUACACCAGCAUCCUUCUCGUAGACCAAGCUGUUCUGGAGUCCUACUAUGGCCGAUCCAUCACAAUCGCCGACCGCGAAAUGGUCGAGUCCAACAGCGACGAGAUCCUGCGCGACGCCGCCAACGUCGACGUCGCCUUCUGCGUAGUGGGCGACCCCUUCGGCGCCACGACCCACACCGACCUCAUCCUGCGGGCGCGCGAGCUCCACAUCCCCGUGCGAACCAUCCCCAACGCCUCCAUCAUGUCGGGCAUCGGUGCCACCGGUCUGCAGCUGUACAACUUUGGCCAGACCGUCAGUAUGGUCUUCUUCCUGGACAACUGGCGUCCGAGCAGCUUCUACGAUCGCGUGAAGGAGAACAGGGACGUGGGACUGCACACGCUGGUGCUGUUGGAUAUCAAGGUCAAGGAGCAGAGUCUGGAGAAUAUGGCCCGAGGACGAUUGAUCUACGAGCCGCCGCGUUUCAUGACUGUUAGCCAGUGCGCCCAGCAGAUGCUAGAGGUCGAGGAGGAGAGAAAAGAGGGCGUCUAUGGACCCGAUAGUCUGGCCAUUGGCGCCGCAAGAGUUGGGGCUAAGACGGAGAAGUUUGUUGCAGGCACAUUAAAGGAGCUCUGUGACAGCGAUGAUGCCCUUGGCCCGCCGCUACACAGUCUGGUACUGCUCGGAAAGAGAGCACACGAGUUGGAAAGGGAUUAUGCGCGAGAGUUCGCUAUCAACAAGGAAACGUGGGAUGGGUUAUGGAAGACGCAUUAUGGACAGCAGUAG